GCUCAUCACCAGCAUUAAAAUAUACUGUCAUCAUCAUCAUCACCAUUGGCGCACUUUCUGAGGACAAGAGUCUACACUUCCCUCCGUAUUGCGUAUAUAUAUUUUUUGUCCGGCCACUCCCUAUGUCAGUUAUUUUCAAGGCAAAGCUCAAAAACGCAAAGUCGGCUAUUGCCGACAAAAACUACGACUACGCAUACGACCUGUGCCAUGAUCUGCUCGAGCUAGACGACAGAAACUACAAUGUUCACAUUCUGCUCGGAGUCUCGUGCCAGCACAUGGAGAAGUGGGCCGAAGGCGAAAAGGUCUAUAGAAGCGCCAUGGCCAUGCCCAAGGCUAACCUGCUGGCGUGGCAGGGUCUCUGUGCGCUAUUCGAGAAUGCGAAUAUGCCAGACAAGUACGAAGGUGCGCUGGCAGAGAUGCGCGACAAAUGCAUUGCUGAGGGGAACACAGCAAAGGCAUGGGAGGCGAUGGGCAAGAUUCUGAAGGCUGAAUGAGGACGCUGGCGACCAGCGCAAACUAAUCGGGGUUUUGCGUGAGCUGACGCCCGCUGGCAAGUUCUAUUCGUUGCUUGAGGAGACUAGUGGUGAGCAGAAGCCGCCGACUGCAGGCGAGGUUCUGCAGCAGAUCUUUACCAUUGAGCGCGACCUGGAGCAGAGGACGAUUGAGCGUGAGAUCAACAAGCGCAAGACCCGGUUGGG